GCACGACACUUUCGAAUGAUCUAAAGGUUGUUUGGUUGGGUACAAACCAAUUCUAUAAGGCGCAUGGGCAUAUCGAAUGGGCACACGAGGGGGCCGUGCCAAAUCCAAUGGGCACACCGAACAUGGGUACCAAAUCCAUUGGGCACUCAUUCAUUCGAAUGGGCACGUCACUAAAUCCAAUAGUGACCUGUCCGAAUCCAUCCAAGUCAAUUGAAAAAUGGUGUAUUAAUACUGUAUUACUUACUGCAUUAAUAAUAUGGAGGGAUAUCUGAACUUGUAUAAAUUAGUAAAAUAUGUAUUGCUACAGGAUACUAUCUUCACGCUGGGUCCUCGAAGGCAAAUCUGUCAAUCAUGGCGAGCACCAACUUGUGGCAAAGUUUGCUCCGUGAUAGCUCGGUCCGUGCGCCAAUUCCGUCGACACAAGUGCUCCUGCUGGGUGGAACCGAAGUCGGGAAGUCCUCUUUGCUUCAACGGUGGCAGGGCGCCAAGAACCCAAACGAACGCGUUCAAACCCUGGCGGUGCUACCGUCGGACUUUACCAGCUUCCACGUCCCAUCCGAAGAAGAUCCGGCGUGUCAACUCAACGUGUGGUCGGUCAACACGGAUGGAAUCUCAUCGGAACUGUCUUUCCUGUCGCUCGCCAUCGACGCGCAGAAGUUAAGGCACACGGUGGCGCUGGUGGCGAUCGACGGCAGUAAACCGUGGACUGUCAAGGCGACCUUGGAGAAGUGGCUGUCCACGUUGCACACGGUGGUUCAAGACAAGCUAGCGGCACUUCCCGAAAACGAGCGCUCGGACUUGCUCGAUGCGAACGUGAAACACUUUCAAAGCUACGUCGAGCCGGGACAACCCUCGACACCUAGCCUUGUCAAGGACGACGACUUAGCGAAAUCCCUUCCAGACGGCGUGUUGACGCACAACGCAGGCAUCCCCGUCGUCGUUGUGGUUUGCAAAUCGGACGCGAUGCCAGAGGACACUGUGAAAGCAGACUUUAUCCAAUACACCAUCCGCCACCUCGCUCUAGCAUAUGGGGCCGCGGUGUGCUUUACAUCCAGCAAGACGGGCGCCAAUCUGGACGUGUUGAAGGAUUACGUCAUGCAUCGUUCCCACCCGAACGCGUUCAAGUGUGCUCAACCCCCCAAGUUGGUCGAUCGCAGUGCGAUUUUCGUUCCGUCGGGCUACGACUCUACCUCGUUGAUUGAACAGAGUCUUGUGGGCUCCCAGCCACGGUGGCAGAAGACCACCACGUUCGACAAGUUUAUUCCAGCGCCCGUCGAAAAAAGUGACGAGUCCGCGCUGCUGCACCCUGAGAUUCGCGUCGACCCAAACCAAGUGUGGCUGCGCAAGUUGGAGAAAGCGGCGGGCGCGGGGCUGGCCGAUUUGCAAAGGAGCAGCGUGGAAGCCAGUCGUCGAACGGAGGAAUUGGCGGCGGCCCGCCGCGCCGACGCCGACACUCGAAAGGGGGUACUCAACAUAUCCAUAAAAUAUGUGACAACGUCAUGGUGUUGAUACGGUAGCAGGAAAAGGUGGAUGUCAAGACCAAAGACACCAAGGAUGUGAACCCGAAACACUUGGCUAACUUUUUCAAUAACUUGUUGAGUCGCCCCGACAAGCAAAAGGGUGCGCGCCUUGGGUCGAUUGCAGACAAGUCCAAGGCGGCGAAAGACGUCAAGGAGCUGGCCGAGGAAGAGAUGAAAAAGAUGUAGGAACACGAGCGUUAGAUGAGUUGUUAAGCGAGGAAGCCACAGCGUUCUGCCACGUGGCCCCUUGUCACGUCCAAUGCAUCUUGCUGUGCAAACACGCCGGCCAUCGCGUUGAACACGUCAGGCGACGACUUGCUCGCGACAUCCACCAUGGCUUGCAUCUCCUUUAGGUCGAGCGCCCCCACGCCGUUCUUCUGCAUCCCGCAUACGUGGCCGUGGCGGUCGAUGGCCACGCUGAUCUGCGCCGACAUGCAUACCUCUUCUUCGAGGGUGGCGUCCAUGACGAACCACUUGUCCACCUUGCUCAAUGUGAGGCUCACAGGCCAGUCGUCUAGCGUCAAGCGCCGGCCGCUCGCAGGGUCGCUGUCGACCUGGAUCACAUGUUCUUCGUCGUCCUUGUCGCCGCUCAGUUUAAUGGACGGAAGUAACGUAUCCCGCAGCGCCGCGUAGAUGGCCAUGGAGAUGACGUCGGGAAGGUUCCCAGACGAGUCGAAUACCAUCACGUCGACGUAGACCACCCACACGCUCUUGUUGGGAACGAUCACGAGGUCGUCCUUGGCCAACGGAACCACGACCAGGCGUUUCAUGCGCUCGGUCAACUCGACAUUCAUCUCUUCUUGAGCUCGGCCUUCCACCUUCUCAGACACAGACGGAGCGCACUGCACAGACAGUUCGACCCAUCCGUUCUCGUGAUUCCCGUGCGCAACUUCCACCUUGACGCUGGCCAAAACGUCGGUGCUGCCCACCUUCAGCGAUACUCGACUGGACCCGUGACUUUGGCUGAGGAGACCGCUUUCUACGCGAAGGACACGCCGACUCAGUCGACUCCGGCCGUCCGCGCGAACGUCCUGUGCGAUUCCAUGUGUGAUGAACAGCUUCUCGGAUGGACUGAUGCGGUGCAUGAUGGUGACUGCCAACCAAAGAUCGAGGAUUACCAUCCGGAUAAUUUCGUGCGUAUACUACUAGUA